AUGGGCCGAAGCGAUACCGAAGCGACACCGAAGUUGCCAGGAUGUACCACCAAUAGAUUCGACACCAAUAGGCCGGUAGCGUACUUUACUGACAUUCAUCAUAGGAACCUCGGAAGGGGGCGUUAUGAAAUCGUGGAAGGAGGCGAUAUAGGGGCCUUCAAGUUCGCCGUUGGAGGCUGCGGUGACCACCCAAUGGAUCCAGAGAGGUUACGUCUCACCCACUCCCUCAUAGAGUCUGAGUCGCCCAUGAACCGUCUAUCACUAUACAGCUUCCAACCUGCUACCUUCGAUGAGCUUGCUGUAUUCCACGACAGGCGGUAUCUAGAGUUUAUUCGGAACCCCUCAGAGGCCGAUCGGAAGAACCACGCAGUGGACCCGUUCGUCAAGUACAACUUGUCUUUAUUGCCAUGGACUGACUGCACUCUAUUCGAGGGUGUCUACGACUACUGCUGUCGAACAGCUGGAGCAUCGCUUGAUGCAGCACAGUGGUUAUGCGACAACACGGACGAUAGGCCAAUAGCCAUUAACUGGAAUGGAGGCAUGCAUCACGCUCACUGUGCUAAUGCUGCUGGCUUCUGCUAUGUCAAUGACAUCGUAUUGGCUAUCGUUAAGUUACUAGAAAGGUAUGAACGGGUACUCUACGUCGACAUAGACUACCAUCAUGGUGAUGCCGUGGAGGAAGCGUUCUACUCCUGUCCUCGAGUCGUUACAUUAUCAAUACACUCAGCACCCUCCAAGAGCAACACUAUCUCCUUCCCUGGCACGGGUGCUAUAUACGACAUAGGGCCAGAAGGGUCACCAGCCAAGGGCCAUGCCGUGAAUCUACCGAUGAAGCCAGGCCUUUCGGACGACAUGUUCCUCUAUGCUCUCCGUACUACGUUGAGCACUCUAGUUCAGCGUUUCCGGUAUGUGUAG